AUGGAAUCUUUACCAAUCCACCUACGACCGGGUACCGACGAGCCGAUUGAAUGCUGGGAUGAUGACGACGACUUGCAGUUCAGUGAGGAUAUUCACUUUCGCACCGCAUCCAGCGCUGGGUCCAUAACAAACUCGUCAUUUCGGCCCUCUGGGCACCGAGAUUCUAUCUCCUCCAGACGCUCUGCUCGCUCAGAUAUUGAUUCUAAUGCGGGCGACGAAGACUGGCAGGUACCACUCUAUGAUAAUGAUGAAUUCGCAAAAGAAGAUGCCAUUGCUUCCGCCAAGACUGCGGGCAUUCCCAUUCCUCCAAAUAUCCCCAAGUCAGCUCUUAUUGGGGGCACGAUCAAGCGCUUGUCAACUCGAAAGACCAAGCAGACUUUUGUUGAUGACUGCUCAAAACUCCUCGGGAAACUAUGUUUCCCGACUCCCUUUCGAAAUUUGAGCUCUGCUGCUACCAGUCCAGUGAAAUCCACGGCGUCCCCAUCUUGGGAUGACGAAUUCCCGACACGUUUGCAAUCUAACUUGGGACCAUUUGACACAUUCCAAGAUGACAAUGAUAGUUUGGGAACUCGAGAUAUCCCAACCCUCAAAGCGCCAACUCCUCGGUCUCCGAAGAAAUUGAACAUUGGCAAUGUCGGCAGUGGCUUCAACAUUGAACAGGAGACGGAAGACGACUUCAACCAGGAUUUUGAACUUCCCGCUAAUCACGAGCCUCUCGAGUUAUCCCAUCGAAAAGCAAAUUUCUACGUUUCCAGUCCCACUUUGGAGGACUUUGAUCUUGAGUGGUCUGAAGGAAGUAUCGGUGUACGAGUUGGUGGUACCGCAAGGGAUGGUCGUUCAGUGCCCAGUUCUUCCAUCUCCAUCGCCAGCCCCAGCGUGUCAAGCUGUCUCACUGCGGAAAGUGAAGACGAUGGCCUCGACGGUAUCGUCAUUCCCGAAGGUCCCCUUGAUUUCAGUGCUUCUCUCCAAAAGCGACAAACUGCCCAAGCCGAGAAUGUCGAAGCGGAAGAAAGUCAGGUGGAUCAUAUUCCUUCUGAUGCUGACGACUUCUUUUCUGGCAUUGAUAUCGACAAUGAGAAGGCUUUCUCCUUUGGAAAACCCGCUCUGAAUCCCAACAUAAAGUGCAAAACAGAAAGGCCAUCCAGCCCGACCCGUCGAUCUGCAACGACGCUCACGUUCACCAGUGCGACGGGAUCUCCACGAACUCGUAUCCCGCGCUUGUCUGGUCAUGACCGGACACAUUCAACCCACCUUGAGACUGUGUCAGAAAGUGGUGCGCCUCUCUCCAAAUUUCGAACAUCACAAUCGCGUCUAGGGCACUCCUCUCAAUCGUCAACUUCAAGUCUCCCGGGCCCUAUCGCUAAUCCGUCAUCGCCGACUCCUACACUCUCUAGUCGACGGUUUCUCGGGUCUCGCAAUUCCCGGGACAUUGCCCAGGCCGGCGAGGGUAACACUUCAGUUAGGCGCUUGAAGACCAAGCGAUCCCUGCCGUCCAUUCGUGGCCUAGGCUCGGCCGCCUCAAUGACCGCUUCACAACGACCACCGGAUCGUUCAGCCCGCCUUCCCUCUGCCAGGCCUAAAACACCCGUGGAUCUCCCAACAACCGAUGCGAGGUCGCUGGGUCGCAGGCCUCAGGUGCCAUUUAUGCCGGCUGGAGUAUCAGAAUCCCAAUCACACCAUGCCAGUUCCGCAGGCACAGUCUCUCGACUCUCCCGGCCAACUCGCAAUGAGCCGCUCCGUGCUGGGUUUGGCGACACAAGUGCGGAGUCUCUCGGUUCCUCUACAAAGCGUACAAUCACACGACCCACUAAGAGACGCAAUUUCGGAGAUGGAACAGAGCUAGAGUCGUUUGAUGACCUAUCUACGUCGGUCUUGGCAGAGAGCAAGUUUGUCAAAACCCCCACCGGUCGAGGGGCUCCAAGGUCGGUCCGCGCCAGACUCAGCCAGAGCCGGAUUGAACCCCCUGAUGAAUCACCUCAAUCUUUCACGUCUCCAUCAACCUCCAAAUUGCGCAGUCCGACCCCUAGGUUUGCACGAGAUACAAAUGCGUCUAGAAAUGCCAGGGAACAACGCAUUGCCUCCAUGGCUAUUAACUCCAAAGGCCGUGAACCGAAUCCUCUUUCGACGUUCAACUCAAACUGGAAGUCCCAACCUAUCUCGAGGAUUCCCCCGGCGUCUGCAACGAUCAGAAGCCGGAAAGGUAAGCCGAAUGCCAAGUCGACAUCCAAGCCACACUUGAUCAAGCCCAUGGGAUCUGGAGUGCAGGAUGCCAAAUCUGUGAGGGGUAUGCGCUACAACCCUACCAAUUUUCGAUGGGAAGGAAACGAAAACCUGGUUCAGGAAUUUGACACCACUCCCAAAUCACCCAAACCGGCACCGGCUCUCAUCACCAAUGUUGGCGCGAUGCAGAAUGUCCAGACCGUUGGUGGAAUGGUCUUUGAUCCACAUCGGAUGUGUUGGCUCAGGGCAUCUCUGGGAGACGAAGACGACGUUUUUGCCGGUCUGGACGACUUGGAUGACAAAAUCCCCAUGAAUGGACGAAAUUCUGGAGCGAUUGAGGACCAGCAAUUCCCAGCAGGGGACGAUGCGAGUGCCGGUGAAUCGUCUGACGAAGGACCUAUGACGGAGGAAUUUGAUGUCGGCCCCGAAUUCAUUCGACGCCAGCGGGCUGAGGAAGACAAGUGGAGACGUAAGGUUGACAAAUGGGUAUUCGAUCGAGGCGAUCAAGACCAAAAUCAUUGGAAAUGGAUCAUCCGCGAUUUAGUGGCCUUUGACCGGGGAUCGGCAUAG